CUCUUACACAGUCAUAACACGAAGUUAACGAAACACGCCGUGUUACAAGUUCGACAUUGUCGUAGAGAAUCAUGCCCCUGAAACAAUUGGAACAAAAUGGACCAAGAGACCGCGAAAAAGCUGCUUGUUGAAGGAGGGACGUUUGUCUUUCUCGGUGUCCCUCAGGAAACCCAGUUUGGCAUAGAUAUGCAAUGUUGGAAUACUGAUGAAGAUUUCCGUGGAAUAAAAAUGAUUCCGCCGGGUCUGCACUACAUACAUUAUUCUGCUGCUAAUAGUGGUACUGGAGAUGUUUCUUCAAGAUCUGGAUUCAUGCACUAUUUUCAUAAAAAAGAAUUCCUUGUAAAGAUGUGGGACAAGAAAAUGGAAGACAUAAGCAAGGAGGAGGUCAGCGAGGAAAGUAUUCAAAGGUUGAAGGACAACAUGUUCAACUUGGACAGACAUUUGGGUCCUUAUCCAUAUAAUAUAUGGCAGAAAUGGAAACUGCUCUCAUCACAAAUCACUGCUGAACUAGCUGCCAAACUAUCACCAGAGAGUGGCAUCAUCAGAGCAUCAGUGGAUCUCAUUUCCAUGUCGGAUGCAGAUAGGCCACGGGGAGUUAAAUCAGAAGAUAUCGUGAAAACCAAAGAUAACGAGUCCCCUACAAAAGAAGAGUCCAAAGAAGAGCCAAGUGCUGGACAAUCAGCAAAAAGACCCAGGAGAGUGACACGGGAGGAAAGGGAAGAUGCGAUGCUGCCAGAUUUGAAGCCUGCACCAGGCAUGUCUAUGAGAUUCACAGAAAUACCACGCGAUAAAUACCCACCAGGAUCGACACCAGAAGAAAUCACUAAGCAUUAUUUGGACCAAUCAUAUACAUUAGAGUUUAUGAUUGCGCAGCAUGAUGAACCUUUACACAUCAUAGGCGAGUUACAGUUUGCAUAUUUAUGUUUUCUUAUUGGACAUUCCCUAGAGGCAUUUGAGCACUGGAAGAACCUGGUCAUCCUAAUUUGCUCAUGCGAUGACGCCAUCCACAAAUACCGGAGCGUGUUCUUCCAUUUCAUAAGAACCAUUGAAAUACAAAUAGAAGAGAUGCCGGAAGGCUUUCUAGCUGACAUUGUCAUGAAUAAGAAUUUGGUGUACAAAAAACUAAGAGAAUUCUUCAGGACAGCUUAUGUGAGCAAAGUUGAUGGACGAUUGCUGACAAUGAUUGAGCGGUUUAAGGAAAACCUUACUGAGAAGCUGCAGUGGGAUUUCACAGGUCUUGAUACUGAUGAUGAUGACGAAAGGCCUGUGGUAGUAAAACUAGAUGAGGCUGAGUAAAUUAGAUAAAUUAACGAAACGAGUUGUUUAUUAGUGAGAAAAGAUUGACCAAACUGUAUUAUGCAGCAGUGGCCAAGGGUCCAUAUAACUCACUUCUUGCCGGAUUCCCUUCAAUAUUUUAUGUUAAAUCUAAUUACCGUUAGAACGAUUUGUAGACGACAGUUAUGUGAUCACAUAUUAGUACCUUUAUUAUGUUAUAUCGGUUUCCCUUUCAAAAAUUUCACCCCUCGCCACUGCUAGGCAAAGCAUGCUAAGUAUGAAGCAAAGCGAAAUCUAUGAAUUCCAUUUUAUAUGAAAAGCUACGGCUAUGUAAAAUAUACUAGGAUGAUUGCACCCAAUUUAUGAUCCAUGUCCUUCGUUUUUCAUAUAAAAUUAACCCCCUUAUUCAUAGACGUUUUUUAUCUAAGGACAGAUUGAAGCUGUAAGAACAAGUCUGUUCUUCACUGCUGACGGUAUAUUGAGAUACAAGAAUAUUAGCCAAUCACAACAGCCCUAUGGCUACGUACUGCGAAGGCUGCCAUGCCGUCAGCACUCAGCACUGAAGAACAUACUUGUUAUCACAGCUUAACUCUGUCCUUAGAUAAAAAAACGUAUAUGAAUAAAGGGGUAAGUGUCUAUAUGCCCUUUAAUAUGCUGUGAACGUGGCGAAUGUGGGCCUUUGUCCUUUAUAAAUAAAAUUACUAGUAAACAUCUCGUUUUAUUAAUUACUCUAGUGUAAUUUAGAUUUCAUUUAACUUGGAAUGUAUUAUGUGUCAUUUGUCCAAGGUAGAUGGUCAUAAUUGUAGUUGUGUACUGUGUACAUCCCUAUACAUCAAUUUUAUUCAUUAAAAUGCAGAUGUGAUUUGCAUCGCCCGCCGUCAAUAAUGAAAACAUUUUCUAUGCUUUGGUUCUUGGAAAUCAAACUUUUCCUUUCAAUUUCAAUGUAAAAUAAUAUACAUGUAUAAUUAAUUUACUUUAUUAUACCUUCAUACACACGCUUUACUCCUAUGAGGCUUUGAAAGCAGUCAAUGUUCAAUGACAUUUUUUUUUAAAUAAUAUGCAACUGACAAUUUUAUAAUGGGAAAAUCAGCAAUAAAAAUUCUUGUAUUACGAUUUUAUAUUUUUAUUCAGUACUUAUUGUACUAAAUUUCCUCUAUGGCUAAAAAUUCACUGCACAAUACAUACUCAGGGAGGUUAAAAAAAUAUAUAAUUUUAUAUACAUCUUUUAUAUACCUAUUGUAAGCAAAAAGGGAUUUAGGUGGAUGAUGGAUUGGUUGCAAAAUAUAAAAUUAAUUUAAAAAUACAAUCAGAAGUAUUUUGUCCACAAACAGUUAUAUAGAAGUGCCUUAAAUUAACAAAAAGCAGAGGGAUUUCAAAAAAUAUAUAUUGGUUCAUAAGGUCCAAUUGUGUAUGUAUUUUUGUGUUUCAUAUUUCUAAGUAUCAAAUAGAAUUUGCAAGGUGAAAGGAAAUUAAACUCAGGCUUGACUUCAAGAUAUUAUUUAAACCUUAAUUUUCAUUACAACAUAUGUUUAGGACUUUAAUUACUAUUCAAGUUUUUCUGAUAGUAUAUCAAUGAGAACUUCACUUCUCAAAAUGCUCCUCUCUACUUUAAGUCCUAUUUACCCCAGUAUACCCUAUAUUGUAUAAGUAAUAUUUGUGGAAUUGACAUCUGUGCGACCUCGUUGAUUGUGUUAGUGUACUCUAUUGUAGAUAUUUCUCUGUUUUAUAAAGGUUUUUGGUGUUAAGUAAUUUUAUUGGAUGAUUUAUCUCGAAGUCAAUAAAUGGUACCUGUAAAA